GUUCCCUUUCGGUUCGAGCCUUCUUCCGGGUUUUGCAAGUGACAAGAAAGUUGUGCUACGACGACACACGAAUCGGGUUGACAGCACGGACUUACUUUCUUUGGGGUUGGUUUGGGCGUCUGAAGUCUUUUCCUUGUUCAUUUGUGUUUCUCAAUUCUUUUGAUCUACGCUUCUUGUCAAAAUCGUCUUGUUUCCCACAUUUUCGUCACUCUAUUCGGUUUUACGUUUUUUCCCCUUCUUUUUCUUCUUCUUCUUUUUCUCUUCGCCACAUGUAUAUGGUUUACGCAUCUGCGCUCCUUUCUUUCGUCCGCUUCUCGUUCUGUUUUUUGAUCGAGACACGCAGGUCGUGCCCGCUUCCAUUCUUUUUUUAAAUCUUCACUUUAUUUUGGCUUUGGUUCGUUUCAGACUUGACUGCUCCAUACCCCCCCUUCUGGUGGCCUCACUUCUGCUGUUCCUCCUGCCAUUUUUCGUCCCAACCCCAAGUCUUUCUUUGUCCCAAUUCUGCUUCGUUCUUUUGCUUGGUUUUCUGGUUCCCCUAAUUCAAGGAGGAGAAGCAAUUCCCCCCAUUACAUCUUGAUAUUAAUCCGGCUCGACAAUUACAUCCCCCACUUUCUUGUGAGGGACCUUUCAUUCUUUUUUGUCUCUUUUUUUGUCUCUCUUUUCUUGUUUUUGGCUUUUUUUUGCGUCAGGGUUUUUUUGUUGCUGGCGCAAAAAUAACCUUGCCUUUUCUUUCUUUCUUCCUUUGACCACAAGGGGAGGACAGAAAGGAAGGAUAAGGUCAUAUACACUGCCAACAUCAGAUUGACCAAGAACAAAGAUUUGAUAAUUCAAGCCUCGGGGAGGAAGAGAAAGACGAACAAGAAAAAGCAAAACAAGAAUCACAACAGCUCGGAAACGAAAACCAUCAGCAAAACCGCAGAAUAACAACAGAAAAAGAAGAAUGUCGGGAGCAGGUGCUCCCAUGAUCCCGGCGUUGUCGAUCCCAAACAGCAACGACAUGAACCACUACAGGAAUCCCAAGCCCGAGGAAAUCGAGAUGACCGUGUCGCCCGUCCAGUCGCUGGCGACGCCCGCGCAGGCCACCGCCUCGCCGGCCGCGCCCCCGAGCGCAGUCACACCCGGAGGAGCUCAGCAACAACAACAGCAGCAGUACAACAACAUGACUCCAGGCCCGUCGGGCCAGAUCGAGGUGGUCCCCGCGCCGCCGCCCGUCGUGCAACCGACGCAGGAGUACUGGGACGAAAAGAUCUGCCUCGAGGCCGAAUACAACCCGGACCACAGCCUGCCCGAGUCGACCGACAGCGCCACGCUCGCCCGCCCGCCGGUCGGACUCCCCUACGCACCCAACAGUGGCAAGACGGCGGCGGCGCCCUCGGACGUCAAGACGGCGGGGCUCAGGAGGUCGCCCAGCACGGCGUCCAUCGUGGCGGAGCCGGCGCCGGCGUACAAGUCGUACAGCGAGGCCGAGGUGGCGCAGAUGGCGGCGACGUACCGCGGCGAGGCCGGCGUAGCGCAGGGCGACGUGCCCAAGCCCGUCGACAAGCCCUACAUCUGGGGCUACCCGCGCAAAACGGUCAUGUACGGCGCCGCGGGGCUGGGGCUGCUCAUCGUGCUCAUCAUUGCCAUCUCGGUCGGCGUCGCCGUGGGCGGCGCGGCCAGGAAGAACAGCGGAGCGGAGGGUGUCCUAGAUAAGGGCCGCCUCGCGGCCGUCAACUGGACCGAGGCCAACGGCGUGGGGCACACGGCGGUGGUAUACCAGGCGCGCGACAACAGCCUCAUGAUAGCGGCGCGCGACUCGCUCAGCAACGUGUGGAAGAGCUUCAACGUGACCAAGGACAUCAUGACCAAGAGCAACCUGACGGGCCUGGACGUGCUUUCGGGGACGCCGCUGACGGCCGUGUCCAACAACCUGCAGCACAACAUCUACUACCUAAACUCGAAGCGCGAGAUCCAGGAGCUCUUCUCGACGGUCCCCACCGCCGACAGCUGGAACCUGGGCCUGAUGGGCGCAAAGAUCAAGGCGACGGUGGCCCCGGGGUCCCGCAUCAGCUCGACGCGGCAGCUGUGCACAAAUUGCACGCGCAGCCUGUUUGUGACGUGGCAGGACGACGCCACCAGCGGCAUCAGGCUGGCCAACUUUACCAACGGCGAGUGGGUGGACCAGGGCAGCAUCUUUGACUCGGCCGCUCCCGGCACCGCGCUCUCCAUGUCUACGUUUACCGACUUCCGAGGCACCGGUCCCUUCGGCACCGAGACCAACGCCCUGAGGCUGUACCUGGCCGCCGGCACGAACCUGGUGGAGAUGCUCAACGGGCCUCUGAACAACUUUGGCUGGGCGCAGGGCAACUUUGACAAGCCCCUCGCCGCCGGCCUCGCCAUCAACCCCUCGCCCGAGAUCGCGAGCAUCACGUACGGCGCCAACGGCUGGUUCAACAACCUGCUGUCGUACACGGACACGCGCAACCAGCUCAUGUCGGCCAUCUGGCGCGGCGACACGUGGAGCGUGCAGCCCGCGUCGAUUGCCAACUUUGACGGCGGCAAGUCGGACGGCCGCACCGCCCAGUGGCAGUCGCUGGCCGCCACGCAGACCAUGUCACUGUUCGGGCUCUCGGGCGGCCGCAUCCACGAGCUUACUGCCACCGCGUCGAACCCCUUCCUGUGGACCUGGACUGGUGUCGUCAAGACGGCGUGAUUGAGCGGCAAACAAAAGUCGGUCGUUGUCAUUAUAGAUUGUGGAUUUUUUUUCUUUCUUUUUUUUUCUCUUUUUUUUUACGGGCCUAAAUGACCAACGGUUGCAAGACAAUGAAACAUCUAGUGAGGGAGGGACAUGGAAAGACGAAAGAUGGUGCUUGGGGGUGGUUCUCCUCGAUGGAGUGAGUGAUUGAUACCUUUUUGGGGAGAGAGACGAACAGUUCGUCGGUGGUUUCGUCUAUCCGACGGACUGGAAUCUAGGAGAUUGUGUUGACGAUUUAGGUUUUUUUUUCCGGAUCCUUCUUUUUUUACGUAAAAUUAGGAUAGUACUUUCUUACACAUAUGCAUCGCGGUAUGGGCUCUAUUUGUAAUUUUUAUUCUUUUCUCUCUUUUUUUUCUUCAUUCACAACCCCCUCAUCCUCUUUUCACGUAGGCUCGGGUCGUAAAAAGUCAAACGUGUCGAGCAGGUCGAGGUUGAAAAAGUCGGUAAUGUCGCUCGUCAUAAAGUCCAG